UGUAAUAUAUACGGUCCGAAAGAACAACACCUUCUAUGCUAGAACGCGUCGGUGGGGUAAUGGACUUGAUGAUGAUUUACGCUAACAGUGAGAGGAUGAAACGUAAACCUUAUUCAUACUAUGCGCUAUUUGUGUUGCUUUGACAAACAUGACACUAAGGACAGGGCGGGAAGAUUGAUUUACGUACUGAGCACUUUUCUCAAGAUCAAUGUAGCACAUCCAUCCAACAAUUAAUCAAACACAGCAUACAUCCGGCCAGAAAGUAGUCAUAUGCAAUCCUGAUGUCUCGACUUUCGAUACUAUAACAACACUUGACACUUCCAUCUUCUUCAGAUCAUCCUCUUUUAUCUUACCAUAUUUGCAACUUUUUAUCCAUCUGAUAUACUUUCAUCAAUCCCACAGAAAGUCAUAGUCAAGCAUCAAAUUUACCAUAAUCUCUCUUCUCUAAUCUCGGCUGGAAUGCCUGCUUUUGGAGCAUCAGUAAGCGACAUUUACGCAACAAGUCUGUAUGCAGCAUGUGAAGGAUUACCACUUUGGAAUCCAUGCUUGUGUGAUUUGGGCGAUGUUGGUUUCGUUCGUCAAGGAACAUUCCACAAAAUAUAUAAUGCAGCUCAAGGUCCUCAAAGUGUACCUUCAAAUCCGGCAUCCAAUGUGGAAGCAGCAUGGAGAACGCAAACACAAUAUCCAGAAGAAGCAACAAGUCCAACGCGAAUUUCACAAUCUGGCGGUGGAAAUUAUAUUCCGUUAAAUAGAGAAUCACUUUCGAAUGCUUUGGCUAGUGCUUCGUACAAUAGUGACGGCGAACGUAGUGAUACAGUCACAGAAGCUCCCAGUCCGGCUGCCGUACCUACUGGAUUGCCAGGUGUUUCAGGCGCUCGUUUGCCAAGCAAUUCUCCUCCGCCGGGUUCACGCAGAAGUUCGCUGACCAAAUACUUUCCACGUCAUUCUUCUCCUGGAUUUGGAAGUAAUGGAGCAACGGAUGGAGGUCCACCUUUGCCUUUGCAUUUAGAAGCAGAACCCGUUCGUGCUUUUGAUAUGGGUCCUCGUAUGUCAAGCAAUUAUCACAACGUUGGUGUUUCCAUUGGUGCAAAUGUUCAUGCUGCAGGUGUUCCUCUUGGCGCUACUCUUACCUUCGAAUCAAGCGGUGGUGAUGGAAGCCUGUUGGUCGCUCGCGAUCCUGUAGAACGCCAUUUGCUGCUCCAUGUCGGUGUUUUGAAGGCAUACCUCAAAGCUCAUAGAAGAUACAUCCAUGAAACAUACGGACAAUCGGAGGAUGUUGAAAUGGACGAUCUUGUGCUUGUAUAUGGAAAAGAUUGCUCUUCCGAUUGGGCUGUUGCAGUGACACUUGCUUCUUCAGCCGGCAAUCGUGUUGAGUUUGAAGUCUUUACUGCUGCAAAAGCAGGUCUUUGGGGUGGUUGGAAGACUACAUGCACGGCCAGCCAACGUGGUCCUCAUCGUCCUACAGAAAACUCUGAUGGAGCUGUUGAUCAUAGUAUGGAUGUUGAUAUGCCUAGCCAAACAGCAGGUCCAUUAUCCCCUACUCCACCUGCACAACCGAUUGGAAAUAUUUCCACAACGAUGAAUCUUGCCGGAGAUGGAUCGUUCUCCCUUCAAGCUAAUACACCUGCUCCUGCUGCCCCUCAGAAUGGCAAUGCACCAGCAGUAGACACAAAUUUCAAGCCAAGCAUGCCAAACUUACGAUGGAACGGUCGUCAUGGCUCUACUGAUGUGAAUCAGUCAAUCAUCUUACGUCGUAUCACGGCACGAUCAAGGCUUGGUUUGAAUGUGUUCCCGCCAAGCUUGCGUGCUAGUGCUGGACCACGUAAUGAUGGACCAAGAGGACCACCACCUGGUGAAGACAGUGAUAUGUCAACAGACAACGUUCUUAUGGCUUCUGAUGCCGAUGAAUUGCAGCCAACUGAAACCACUGAUCCUCUCAAUAUGGUUCAUGAAUACAUUUUGAAUCAUCCUACGGCAGCAAGAGCAAAUGUGUCUAUUGCAAGUGAUCAUGAUGCUUCCUUGCUCUGUAGACGUGUCUUGCAAGAACGUUGGCCGCACAUCUCACGAUCGAAUCGAACGAAUGCAACAUUCAAGAGGUGUAUAUGGGAAAUGGCAGAUCAACUAACGAUGAUCAUCAUUGAUAGGGAUAAUGUUGCCACACUAUAUUUCCCACAUGAAAAGUGCAUGCAAGACAGUGCACUCAUCUCACGAUCUCCGCCUGCUUCUGUUCGACCACCAAUGUUCAGAACUCCAAGCUCGCCUGCUUCUCCAUCAGAAGGCCGUACCCGCCGCAGAAUUAGCCGAGUGAACAAUUUGACACCCGUUCGGGCAUGAAACGACCUUUUGACGCCGACAUCUUUUUACGAAAACGAAAACGAACAAUAGUAAUACUCUAUCAUCACAAUAACGACAUUAAUCUUUUUUAGUUAUAAAGCAAUUAUUCACUUUACACAGCAUUAUUCUCACACUAUUCUUUUAAUUCAAUCACAUUUCAUGCAUU